CAUCCGACCCCAAUUCCAAGAGCACACCAAAUCUCGAAAGAUUCCCAAAGCUGACCCUCGAGAAAACCAAGAAAUCUCACUCCUCCCACCUCCCCCCUCUCGCCUCCGUCGCCAUGGCCGGCCGCCUCCUCCCCCUCCUCCUGCUGCUGGCGCUGCUCCCCUCGCCGGCGCCGGCUGCUGCAUCUGCACGGGAUAAGGCGCCGGUGGAGCCGGAUUUGGGGCGGUGUCCGGGCCUGGAGGGCGGGCUGCCGCCGUUCGCCGCCGCGCUCCGGGCAAGCUGCCCCGUCUCGGCGGAGGGGUGCCCGGCCGAGGAGGUCAACGGGGAGGAACUUGUCGGGGUGUUAGAUGGCAACAAAGAGUACACAGCUGUUCUUUUCUAUGCAUCGUGGUGCCCUUUCUCACAACGAAUGAGACCACUCUUUGAUGAUCUGAGCUCAAUGUUUCCGCGGAUUAAGCACUUGGCUGUCGGAGAGUCCAACGUCAUGCCUGCCAUUUUUUCGAGAUAUGCUGUCCGUACACUGCCUUCCAUAAUAAUAGCUCAUGGAUCAUACACAUUCUGGCCUCUUGGUUCUAAAGAUCUUGACUCUAUGGCCAACUUUUACACUGCUGUAACAGGCCAGGAACCAGUCGCAUAUAUUGGUCCUCGGAAGUGGAGUGCAGCACAGAGCACACAUUACGCUAACCUUUGGAACAGCUCUAUUAGUGAAGCAGUGAAGCGAGAACCCUACCUAGCAUUCAGUAUCCUAUUUAUUUGCCUAAGGAUAUUCUUGUUCUUCUUCCCAAAGUUCUUCGCUCUCAUCAAAGGCUUCUGGACCCAGUACUUUCAGCAAAUCAACCUUGGAAUCCUUGCCAAAUUGAACCAGCUGCUGGAAUGUGUGCCCCAUGCUGUGGAUGUGAGGAAGGUGUGGAGCAAGUUGAGGCUCGUGGCUGGAGCUAAGAAUGCUAGGGUCUGGGCGUCGUCGCUAGCUUCAGUGUCGCUUGGUGGGCAAUCUUCUCCCCGAGCUGCUGUUGGAUUGAUGGGCUCGACCUUGUAACUGUGACAAGAUUGUGCUGAUUCAUUGAGUCGCGCUGGAUGAAGUAGCUCCUGUAACUCAGAUGUGCAUGUAGAGACAGAUAAGAUCUCUGCUCAGAAAGAUACAUCUUGUUUGUAGCAUGUAAAUCGUAGGAAUACUGUUGAGCCUUUGUAAAUCAUACUGUAACAUUAGCCCUGAGCGUCCAUCAGGCUGUGUCUAGCCUUUAGCAACAGAAGACGCAGCAUAAGUUCGUUCUUUCCCUACCCAGAAUACUUUGCCAAGACAUCUUCUAGCUUCAUUUUC